AUGUUUUGCGAAGACGCUUGUUUGGGCUACAGUUGUGGUCUGGAUAAAAUUAGGACUUUGAAUGAUAAACUCAACGCUGAAGUGAUCGAACAAAUUAAUGGUUCCCAAGAAUUGGUUAUGCUUACCAAUUUCGCCAGGGAGUCUAACGAGUAUCAUUAUAAAAAAAGCUUGCAAGAGAGAAUAUCAGACGUCAGUUCCUGGCGUUGGGUGUUAGAAGACCUUUCGAAGCGUCUAGAAGAAGCGAUACAAGUUCUAAAGUAUGAAGAGAACGCUCUACGAGUAGUCGUCGAAAGAAUUCAGGAUGAGAUUGAGAAUCAUUCGAAGCAAGGUUCAAAGCCGGGUGCCAUCAGUCCCUUGCGUGAUAUUGUGGAAGAAGCCAUAUUGCAGGAGUACAAUUUCCUAAGAGAAGAGAAGAGGAAAUUUGAAAGACUUCUUCCUGAGCUAGAGAAACAGAUAGCGCAAGUAGAAAAGACGAAGCAGCGUAUAGAAAAAGACAUUCUCAUCAAAGAGCAAGCGAUAAGCGUUGACGAAAACUGUGUUGAGAGAAAUUAUUCGGACAUUGCUGUAGACGCAAAUUGGAAAGAGAAGAAAAAGAAGUGCGUGUCUUUAUUUCUUCAUCUCCUAUUCUGA